AUCUACACUCUACAGGCUCUAAGUUUACAACAACACUGUUUAGUGUUUACUGUUUACUACUUAGAGUGGAGUAGUGGCUAAAACAAAUGAAGUAUCAACACGGUGUGUUGUGUUGUAACUUUCAGUCAUUCAGUGGUUAUUAAUGAUAAACAUUACAGAAAUUUCUGCGCAUAAUAUUUGUAUGAACAGUGAUCAUUAAUAAUCAUUAUAAUAUAUACCUAAUUUAUUAUUCAAUUCUUUUAAAUUCUUGUUAAAUUAAUUAGUUGUAAUUACUUGUACGUUCUUUGUUAAGAAAAACAAAUAAAAUGCGUAAGAUCUAGCUAAAUCAAACUAAAAACAACUAGUCAAAUUGUUAACAUUUGUUUAUACUAAUGGAUUUAUCACAAUCAAUCGAUUUAAAAAAUGAAAGCAAUAGACUGAGUACAUUUACUGGUUGGCCAAUAUCAUCUAUGAUAACUCCAAAAAGUUUAGCAGCUGCUGGAUUCUAUUACACAAAACGAGCCGACAAAGUUAAAUGUGCUUUUUGUAAUAUUUGUAUUUGUCACUGGGAAAUUGGUGACAAUGCUAUUGAUGAACAUAAACGUCACAAUCCUAACUGUAACUUUUUCUUUAGUCAAGACUGUGGUAAUAUACCUAUUAUCGAAGGAAUUCAGUUGAGAGGAGAUUUUAUUGAUAAUCAUAAGGAAACUGGUCAACCAAUUGAUAUUCAAGGUUUGGGUGUAAGAGAACAUAGAGUAGCUUUUCAUACAAAGUAUAAUUCAUUCAGUGCUCGAUUGAAAACUUUCAAAGGUUGGAAUAAUCCAUCACAAAAACCUGAAGAUUUAGCCUCCGCUGGAUUUUUUUUUACUGGUAGUAAUGAUGAAGUUCGCUGUUAUCACUGUGAUGGAGGUCUUCAAAAUUGGGAGGUAAAUGAUAAUACAUGGGUUGAACAUGCAAAAUGGUUUCCAAACUGUGGCUUUUUAAAUUUAAUAAACGGAGAACAGUUCUUAGAUGGAAGUUUGGUUGAAAGGUUUAAUGCACUCUUACAUAAGUCUAAUCCUAAUAAUGAUAUAACAGAGGGACAAGUGGUUAGUAUACACCAACCAGAUUUUUUAAGUUCUUUGACUAGAAAUAAUGAGCGUCCUAAUGAUGAACAAAUUAGUAGUCUUAUGCUAUUACCUGCUGCACAAAUGGCAUUAGCUUUAGGCUUGCAACCAUCUUCGAUUCAACAAGCAAUGGUUAGUAAUCUGCAAGAUAUUAGGACACCUUUUCGCUCAAUGGAUAAUUUUAUGCAACAGGUGUUAAAUGAUGAUCAGAAUUCAUCAUUUUCUGAUGGAGAUGCAAUGACUCUAGAUCAAAUUGUUGAGAGAGAAGAACCAAUGGACGGAUUAAGUCUUUCUCUAAAUCGUAUAUCUGAAGAAUCUAGUGACUCUGAUGAUGACAUUAUUGGAGAAGUGGUGUCUUAUGUGGAAGUUCUUGAUACUUCAAGUAGUACCAGUGAUUGUGAUUCAGAGGUAGAAGAGGUUGAAGAGAUAUCUGAACCUGAAAGUCAAAAUGAAAAUAAUACCUUAGAUAUAAAUGAAUCUGAAUUUGUAGCUGAUAGUGAUAAUUCCAGUCUAUCUAAUAAUGUUAAAAUGAAAGAAGAAGCUGAUAAACCAGUUGAUGAAUCUGCAAAUGUUAAAUUAUCUCAAAGAGAUUUAGAAGAAGAAAACCGUCGAUUGAAGGAAGCUCGGCUUUGUAAAAUUUGUGUAGAUCAAGAAUUGGGUGUUGUUAUGUUACCUUGUGCCCAUUUAGUUGCGUGCAUCACUUGUGCCUCUAGUCUAUCAGAUUGCCCAUUAUGUCGACAGACCAUCAAGGCUACUGUUCGCACAUAUCUUUCUUAACAAUUGACAACAUAUUUACAAAUUUUUACUUUACACUUAAUUCACAUUUUUAUGCAUAUAAAUAUGAAACAAGUUUAAUGUAUAAA